AAAGUAUCAGUAUCAGUAGUAGAGGUCGAGGAUGUGACCGGUCGAAGGGCCUCGCGGGUUUUCUGGGACGAGCACCAAUCAGUCAGCGAUGAUGAACACCUGCGCCUCUGCAGAGCCGCGAUUCGCCCAUCCCCCCUCAGACGGAGGAUGAUCCCAACUGCCACUAUCCUUUCCGGUUUUCUGGGCGGACUCGUCUGUACGUAUAGUACCUACGGAGUACGGAGCACUUUGAUACUACUGAUACUGGAGCCUGGAGGUGAAGAUGUACUGAUGCAGGCUCAACCCAGGAGUAGGAGCAUGGACAAGAACGGCUGAAUGACCCGGAUAUAGUCCAAUGCGGAAACAUCUCGAUGCGAGGCAUUUUUCUUUCUCGACUGGUAACUUCUCGGAAUUGAGUCGUCCUUAGUAUGUAUUAGGUAG